AUGCCUGAAGCUAUUCAACACCGCUUCGACCCAUACUCUUCCAACGGAGGGUCCAUCCUCGCCAUCGCCGGGAAAGACUUCGCCGUCGUCGCUGGUGAUACUCGGCAGUCGGAGGGGUAUUCCAUUCAGAGCAGGUAUCAGAAAAAGGUCUUUCCUCUCACCUCGAAAGCGAUCCUCGCCGUCAACGGUUUCGCAGCGGACGGGAACAAUUUCGUGAAACGGGUUAAACAGCGGUUGGAGUGGUACACCCACGCCCACAACAAAGAAAUGCCCAUCAAAUCCAUCGCCCGACUGAUCCAGACCAUGCUCUACGCCCGUCGCAUGUUCCCUUACUACGUAUACAACGUCUUGGCCGGUAUCGAAGAGGACGACGGGACGGGUGCGGUGUAUUCGUUUGACCCCGUGGGGAGUUAUGAGAGGGAGACUUGUCGGGCCGCUGGGGCUGCGCAGAGCUUGUUACAGCCGUUCUUGGAUAACCAGAUCUACUUCCGUAACCACACCCCGGCUCCCGGUCAACCUCCUUUCGACCCCUCCACCCACCCGCUCUCUACCGUCCUCUCUAUCCUCGUCGACUCCUUUUCCUCAGCUACCGAACGUCAUAUCGAAGUAGGAGACUUCCUGGAGGGGUACGUCAUCCUCUCCCCCGGUCGAACGUCGGACGACCUGAUCGGAGAGGGCGUCAAGGGGGUCUUGCCAGAGGGGAUGACGGUCGAGGAACAAGACCCGGAGGAUCUGGACGUCCAGAGCGCUGUGGCUGGGAAGGGAUGUCGGGUGUUUUUGGUGAGGAAGGAGUUGAAGAGGGAUUGAUCUGGCCCACGAAUCGGAGGUGGAGCUGGGUGGAUCGUCUUUACGUAUACGAGCAUCGAUUCCAAGUCGAGUCGGUCGCUUGUGUUUAUUCUGUGUGCUUGUGCUAGUGUAUGUCGGAACGUCAAUAUGUCCAUUACGAAGAGGACGUGUUCUAAGUCCUGCGCUUAACACGAAUCACAGAGUUGGGCAUGUGGACUGUUGUCGCACCUGUUAUAUGC